GGGUAACAAAACCAUAAGAGCUGGAGAUGCCCUAAGAAAUCCUGAGCCUGAAAACAAUGCCGCUAACUGUCCUUCCAGUUUUCAGUCUGCUUCUAUGGCUUUUUGUGUUCUUCCAGUCUUUUCAUUCAUUUGAUCCCAGAGAGUGGAAUUCCCUAGAUUAGAGCGGGUGAUAAUCAAGUUUAUGGGGAGUUGGUCCAAGAUAUGGGACGACAAACAUGAUGUGAAUUCUUUUUGCCAACUAAAUUCUCUUACUGUGGAUUCAUGUGAAAAGCUGUUGAAUAUUUUCCCAUUUAGUAUGCUGGAAAGAGUACGCCAGAAGCUAGACACACUGGAGAUACAGAAUUGUGAUUCACUAGAAGAGAUAUUUGGUGCUAGCCAACCACAAGCUCAGAUAACCACUCAGCCAACUAAUUUGGUGGAAAUUGUCCCAAUGUUUCUCUUUCCAGAAUUGACACACAUAAAUCUUUCUAAGCUACCCAAACUGAAAGGCUUCGUCCCUCCAAUUCAUAUUAAUGAAUGGCCAUCAUUGAAACGGUUACGGGUGCACGGGUGUGAUGAAGUUCAGAUAUUUGCUUCAGAACUCCCAAGUUUUCUGGGAAUAAAUGAAGAUGACAAACUUCAGAUUCAGUUGAUAAGCAAGGUAACUACAAAGAUUAUUGCUUAUAGAAAUUUUACAAAACUCAAUGGAUGUGGCCUAGAGAAUUUUUUUAUACAAAAGGAGUGGGAAGAUAUGUUACCUGCUACCUGCCAGGCACCUAGUAAUUGCCGGUGGUGACUAUCCUGACUGUUGGAGGUGGUUCAAACCUGAUCCCAGGUUCCCUGAGGUUGCAGAGCUUCUUCGUAUU